CGGAGAUGUUGCUCUUCUGUCCCCACGUUCCCCUUAACGCUGGUUUCGGAUUGUAGAAGGUCCUCAGUUACGCACUGUACAUCUUAAGACGUUAACCACAGGGCCCGCAGAUGGCCACAGGGCCGCCUGCAUUGACUGGAGCGUACAGGACAUAAGAUGGCGGCCCAGCUGCGCAGAUAACCAGGGGCGGCGAGGGGCGAGCUCUCCCUGCUCGCAAAGGACCUCCUUCAUCCCUCUCCAGAAGAGGAGAAGAGGAAACAUAAGAAGAAGCGCCUGGUGCAGAGCCCCAAUUCCUACUUCAUGGAUGUGAAAUGCCCAGGAUGCUAUAAAAUCACCACGGUCUUUAGCCAUGCACAGACAGUAGUUUUGUGUGUUGGCUGUUCCACUGUCCUCUGCCAGCCUACUGGAGGAAAAGCAAGGCUUACAGAAGGAUGCUCCUUCAGAAGGAAGCAACACUAAAAGCACCAUGAAGCAAGAUGAGUGGGACACCAUCCCAAUAAACAUUUUGGAUACAUCCUG